CGUAAGCAAAAAACCCAAGGACCUACGCACAACCACCAACUGCACCGGCUCACUCGAACGAGCGCACAUACCACACGCCAGAACCAGCCUCCCGCGUCUUCUUUAUGUGAAAGGCUGCAUUGAAUACCUGGGCAAACUUGAGCUUUCUUUAUUUUGUUUUACCCCUCCGUCCGACCAGCCCGCCGCUGCCGCCGCCACCAUCUACACAACCACCACCACAGCCAGUGUCCCUCCGCGCGCCGUCGCCUGAUAAUCAUUGCGACGUACACCACAACCUCCCUUGCAGAGGACACCCGACGAUACUCGAAGGUGUGCCAGCGACACUGUUGCGCGCAUUCUGCUCCCUCUUUUCCCCCACUCCAAGAAGCAACCGAACGACAUCGCCCAACAUGUCCGGCUGGGUGGAUCGGUCCAAGACCACGCAAUCCCACAACUAUCGCGGCUCGACGUCGUUCGCGACGUUCAUGAUCAUCGGGCCGACCUGCUUCUUCCUCGGCAUCCUCUUCGCCUCCUUCCCCUACGACUUCCCCCUUCUCUGGACCUCGGCGCCCGUCCCGGACACCUUCCUCGAGCACCUCGAGACCCACCUCAAGUUCAUGCACCAGUCCCCGCCCCUGAUCGGCCGCCUCCUCAACAUCAUCGUCUUCACCGGCUUCCUCGGCUUCUUCAUCAAGCUGUUCCGCCCCUCCGAGGCCAACGUCCUCUUUGACGGCGCCUCCCUCGUCCUGUACCUCAUCGGUGUCGGCGUCUACAUAACCAACAUCGUCAAGGGCCUGCGCUCCGUCUCCGCCGGCAUCUGGGACGACCCCGACUUCACCGGCGAGGUCAAGGACCCGCGCGUCGAGGGCGAGAUCAUCCUCGGCAAGGAGGACAGCCUGAAGGUCCUGGCGGCGAGCAACACCAUCCUCGCCCUCGUCCUCGUCGGCGUCUUGGUGUUGCAGGCCGGCCAGUGGUAUGCCGAGCGCAAGGAUCGCGAGGACAUCGUCAAGCUCGAGGAGGAGAAGAGCAGCAAGGGAUCUGCGUCGCAUAAGAAGAAGCAGUAAGGGGGGGAUGUCGUGCUGCAUGCUGCUCCAUCGCUAUUGCGACCUGACCGUGGCUUGGUUCGGUGAGUCUGCUGGCCGUCCGAAGCCGCAGCUUGACGCACAGAUGGGUACAGGCAGGUCCUUAGCUUCAGCCAGGUGUGCGUUAGGUCGCAGCACUGAGUGUACCUUGCAUAAUGUACACCGAAGGGUCUCCGCGCGAGAUGUAUCACAUACAAGAAAAAGACUUUUGCUAAUACUCGUAACAUACGAUAU